CAACAAUAUAAUAGUAGCGAAAUCGAUAACACCAUCGGCUUGUUAUUAACAUCAUUUCCACAACUGGAGGACGAGGUUAUGUUGACGCACAAAGAUAUAAAGACUUAUAUAACAGAAUUAGGUCUUGCUUCGCUUUUCCCUAAAUCUGCACGAAGGUUGGUCGUAUCGAAGCUCGGAACUGGAACUGUGGACGUACAAGCGCAUUUUAUUGAAAUGACGCUUAUCAAUCAGCUCGUGGCCAUUUCUUUGCAACUCCAACAUGACAUAAGACUCAAAAAUCACUCGUAUAUGGCGCAUCAAAUAGCGCUACUAUAUCAAUGCCUAAAUCAAGUCGGACAUCAUUUUCUCAAGUAUAAACCACGCGUCGAAUUACAUUUUGAUGCGAUCAAAUCUUUGACAAGCAAUUCAGAAGAGCCACAAAUGAAUGAAACACAAAAAGAAUGGUUAUCUCAAUUAACAGCUGAUAUUGUCACCGAGGCACUAUUCAGUGGUCGGCCUUUUUCUAACGUAUCAGAACCUCUAGCCAAUUACAUGACAAUAGUUGGAAAAGUAGAGACACCACUUUAUGCAGAGUAG